GUAGGAACGAUCGAUCAAACAUAGCAGCAAAGGAAAACAAUGGAGCCCUCGCCAUCGUCGUCGUCUUCGUCCUCCACGACCCCGUCGGAGCCCUUGGCGGCGGCAUCGGAGGCGGCGGCGGCGGCGCCUACUCCGGCGGCGUCUGCGGCGGAGGCUGUGGUGGCGGUGGCGGAGGAGGGGGUGGAGGAGAUGACGCUCACGGUGCGGUGGAGCGGGAGGGAGUACACCGUUAGGGUUUGCGGCGACGACAGCGUCGCCGAGCUGAAGCGGCGCAUCUGCGAGGCCACCUCCGUGCUCCCCAAGCGCCAGAAGCUCCUCUACCCCAAGCUCGCCGCGAAGCUCAACGACGACUCCCUCCUCCUCUCGCACCUCAACCUCAAAGCCUCGGUCAAGAUGACCAUGAUCGGAACUGUUGAAGAUGAUAUUAUUGUGGACCAAGCGGACUCCCCAGAGAUCAUUGAUGAUUUUGAACUGGGUCAAGAUGAAGUCGUUGACAUCAAAGAUAAGGGAGUAAACAAGCAGAAAUUGCAACGACGAAUAGAUCAAUAUAAGAUCAAGCUGUUGAAUCCCUGCCGUGAAGGAAAGAAGCUGCUUGUCCUGGACAUUGAUUACACUCUGUUUGAUCACCGAUCUUCAGCUGAAAACCCACUCGAGCUUAUGCGUCCAUAUCUUCACGAGUUUCUCUCUGCUGUUUACGCAGAGUAUGAUAUCAUCAUAUGGUCCGCAACUAGUAUGAAAUGGGUAGAGUUGAAGAUGGGGCAGCUCGGUGUUCUCAGCAAUCCCAGCUACAAGAUAACCGCUCUUCUAGAUCACUUGGCCAUGAUCACCGUACAAUCCGAUAGGCAUGGAACUUUUGACUGCAAGCCACUUGGCCUUAUAUGGGCUCAAUUCUCCGAGUUUUAUAAUUCAAAAAAUACAAUUAUGUUCGAUGACCUUCGAAGGAACUUUGUCAUGAACCCACAGAAUGGCCUUGUAAUACGGCCUUUCAAGAAGGCUCAUUUGAACCGCAGCAGCGAUCGGGAGCUAGUAAAGCUUACGCAGUACCUUCUCACGAUAGCUGAUCUUCCUGAUUUUUCUCAACUUGAUCAUAGCAGAUGGGAAAUCUUUACAGAAGAUAACACAAAAAGGCGUCGACACAGGACUCGGAGGGCCAAAUGGUUUCUCGCUUCCGAUGUUUGGAUUGCGUGUGGGGUGGAGUUUGGAUUGAUUGUAUGGUGCGUCUUCCAAAGGGGCGCCGAGUUGAGACUGGCUAACUCUCUGCAACCCCUUUUGGGUCUGGGAUUUCCCUCUUUGUUCUGUGAUUUGGGCCAUAGUUGACCGGUCGCCCUUAAAAUUGUGUUCCAAAGUUACCGUCGAAGUUCUGUUUGAAUAGCGUUGUUUUUUAAUUCCUGACGACUUAUUUCUCGACAAGUGCUUUGCUUUUCGACUCUUAGAAAGCUAUUUCAGAAGGCGGGUCAAAUAGGCAAUCAAUCGCCACGAGCUAUGCGUCGUCGUCGAGAUUGGAUGUCGCAAUCGAAGUACUGCGGUGAUGUUACCCUCCUAACCGACAUUUUGUAUCUCUUUGAAAGCACCUCAAAUGUCACAUGUGAGGUUGCAGUGGUGGUUCUCUAUAAUGUGGCAUUGCAGGUUGUGUGGUUCUUUGCAAACCUUUUUGUAUGUAGUGGCUAAAAAUUGAGACCACAUGUGAGACCUAACCUAGCUACUUCCCAGAAGUGCCCAUUGCAAGUUGAUCACUAAAUGCCAUUCAUUCAAGAGGAAUGAUUCUGAUGCA